AUGCAGAUGACCACCUUCGUCAACCUGGCCUUGGGCCUGCUUUCUUGCGCCGCCGCAUCGCCGCUCGAGCCCCGAAGCACCACAUUCACCCACCGCGCCGAAACCAGCGAGGUCAAGGCCACUGGCGGUACCUACGAAGACUUCAAGCCCGGCUACCUCGCUGGUACCUGGGAGGUGUUCAAGCGCGGAGAGUACGUCGAUCUCGAGGGAACGGGAUAUAUCCGCGUCCGCUGGGAGAUUGAGUACUGGAAGGGCGUCGGCCCGAUGUACGAGCCCACUUUCGACGGUAUCUCCGGUACUUUCCUCUUCGUUGCCGGAGGUGGUGGAUACCAGAUCACCGAUACUCCCCAGGGCUGCCCGCAGGGGACUGGAUGCAAGAACUUCACCGGCUCUAAUGAAUAUGGAUACACUUACCCGGUCGACGGUUACAACCCAUGGCACAACAUGUAUUACUACCUUGACGGAAAGGUGACCAUCACGAACCACGAGGCUGGUGGUCUCUACAACGUCGGUGUUCAGGCCUACAGCUACGACAACAUCCUGUCCGAUAUCAACACGGCGCCAGCUAGCUCAGGAAAUCUGAUCAAGUACGGAUACUCGUACGACCCGAAGGAAGGCUCUUGCCCCUGCUCGUCAUAG